UUGGCGUGGCAGCUACACAGAUAACUUUCCCUUGGCAUUGUUUGCAAGUAUUUCAGUGCUGGAGCCUCCAAAAUGCUACUUUUUUUGUGGAAUUCCGCUCUCUCAGCUUUAUGCCUGUAUGUGCACGGAGCAAAACUUCCGGAGCCAGAGGUGAAAAUAGAGGUUUUGCAAAAACCGUUUCUCUGUCAUCGAAAAUCCAAAUAUGGUGACAUUCUGCUCGUCCACUACGAGGGAUUUCUGGAGAGCAACGGCACAAUGUUCCAUUCCAGUCGUCACCAUGGAGAUAAGAACCCGGUUUGGUUCACUCUGGGUAUCAGAGAGGUGAUCAGAGGGUGGGAUAAAGGCCUCCAGGACAUGUGCACGGGUGAGCGGAGGAAACUGACCGUUCCACCAGCCCUGGGCUACGGGAAAGAGGGCAAAGGGCUGAUUCCUCCUGAGAGCACACUGAUCUUUGAUAUCGAGCUGAUGGAGAUUCGAAAUGGGCCCAGGUCUCAUGAGUCCUUCCAGGAAAUGGACCUGAAUGACGACUGGAAGCUGUCGAGGACAGAGGUGAAGGAAUAUCUCCGUAAAGAGUUUGAGAGACAUGGCUACCCCUCCAAUGACACCCAUCAUGAGAGCAUGGUAGAGGACAUCUUUAAGAAAGAGGAUGAAGAUCAGGAUGGCUUUAUCUCGGCCCGUGAAUUCACCUACAAACACGAUGAACUCUAGAUAUCAUUCGACCAUACUUUAACACUGCCAUUCAACCCCUACUGAACUUUGUUCCGCCUGUCAGAACCAUUUCAGAGCACCCAAACACCGCCUGUCAGAACCAUUUCAGAGCACCCAAACACCGCCUGUCAGAACCAUUUCAGAGCACCCAAACACCGCCUGUCAGAACCAUUUCAGAGCACCCAAACACCGCCUGUCAGAACCAUUUCAGAGCACC